AUGGCGUCUCCAGUAGUUGACACCGAGUACCUCAAGGAGAUCGACAAAGCUUGUCGAGACAUCCGCGCUCUCAUCGCCUUGAAGAACUGCGCCCCUAUCAUACUUAGCUUAGCAUGGCACGAUGCUGGGUCGUACGAUGUGAGCACUAAGACCGGUGGUCCGAAUAGAUCCAUAAGGAAUGAGGAAGAGUACACUCAUGGCGCCAAUAACAGCUUGAAAAUUGCCCUUGAUUUUUGUGAGGGAGUGAAGGCUAAACAUCCUAAGAUCACAUAUGCAGACCACUGUCCAUCGUGCUUAUGGAAUACAUGUUUGAGGGAGUUUAACAGGUUAGCAAUCGAAUGCUCACGGAAGCUCGAUAAACGGUGUCCGAUUUCACAACGUGCAUGUGGUGGUGCUCUUCGAGAUCAUUUGGGUGAAUGGGUUUUUGGCUUUUCAAAAUCCAUUGGCCGUUGCUCGGUGCUGGAUACCGAACUUUGGGGCAUUUAUGAAGAGAUUGUUCAUGAGUUAUAUCUCGAAAAUCUAAUGAAGCUCAGCCAACAGAUAGCGUCACGGCCAGUCACCAUCCUCAUCCUUCUGGCAUUGCUGGUAUUGCUUCCCCCAUGCAUAGUGAUCACAUGGUGGAACAAAACAACCAGACAGAUUUCAGACAACGUGAAUUUGAACACCCGGAACUUGCAUUCUGGAUUUCUAUCACAAAUUGACACCAUUGCAAAAUCAAUACCGCCAUUGAAUUCGUCUGCUAUAAGCUUAGCAAAGCUUUUGAGUUCUUCCUUCAAUCAAACAAGUGAAAUCUCAUUCAAUGAUAUUGAGACUAAGGUGGCUCCUACAUUGUUUCUAGCUUUUUCAACCAUACCUUAUCUGUCUCAGAUUUCAUAUGUUGGAUCAGAGGGUCUGUUUUUCUCCUACUAUUUUGAUGGCAAUCAAGCUCUAUCGACAUAUGCCAACUCUUCGUUUUCCUCGAACCCGAAGCAGCAUGUUUGGUACAUUCAACCUGUCGAUAAUCACACAGGGAAGCUCUAUGGAGAAGCUGAUGGAUCCCCUCGCUUCAAUGCUGCCAGUACAAGCUGGUUUCAAGCAGCAUUGCGUAAUUCAUGGGGAUAUUCUUCUGUCGAAAACGGGUGGAGCAACGGUGUCGGUACAUUGUUUCUUACCAGUGUAGGCAUGCUUGGAAGAGGUGUUGUUUCCUUGGGAGUUUCAGUAAAAAGAUUAACCGAUCUCUUUUCGGGUUUAGAUCUUUACGGAGGAAGCUUAAGCUUGACUACAAUGGAUGGAAAAUUGCUGGUUAAUGGAAUCCAAAACACAAAAUUCAUCUCUGUUAAUAGCUCCAUUUUCCUACAGUUGAUGAAUCCAAAUGGUUCUCAAAAUGUUUCAUGCUCUACACCAGAGUCCUAUAUCCUGUACAUUGGUGAAAAAGUGUAUACUGUAUAUGCAUUGGCAUCUCCACGAAAAGGAUCAGCAAGCCUUGUUCACAGAAAAAUCAAUCAUUCUCACAUUGCUCUUGUUGCAACGAUUGUGUUGCUGGUGAUUGCACUCGUGUUUUUUGUAACCUCAAUGGGCAACACGGCUCAAAGGGAGGUGUGCCUGCAUGACAAGCUCAUAAAACAAAUGGAAGCGACUCAACAAGCAGAGAGAAAGAGCAUGAACAAAAGCCUUGCCUUGGUUGGUGCCAGCCAUGAUAUCCGAGCUUCGUUGGCCGGAAUCAAUGGUUUCAUAGAUUUAUGCCUCGUGAAUGCCGCCCCCGGGUCCGAUUUCGACUCGUAUUUAAAGCAAAUGAGUCAUUGUGCACAUGAUCUAUUAGGCCUGCUUAAUUCUAUACUCGAUACUAGCAAAAUCGAAGCCGGCAUGAUGAAUUUGGUAGAACAAGAGUUCAAUUUGGCUGAACUGGUUGAACAUGUAGUUGAUCUUUAUCAUCCUGUGGGUAUGAUCAAGGGUGUAGAUGUUGUUUUGGACCCAUGUGAUGGAUCCAUCAUCAAGCUCACACAAGUGAAAGGUGACAGAGGGAAACUCAUGCAGAUACUAAGUAAUGUGCUAAGCAAUGCUGUUAAGUUUACUGAUGAAGGGCAUGUAUGCCUUAGAGCUUGGGUUAGAAAGCCUGAUUUUGAAACCGAAUUGCUUUGUUCUAGCCGGAACAAUUUUCACAAGUACUUGUCCCGCUUGUUUAAUGACAGGAACGAAACCAAUGGUGAUGUCAAAGCGAUUGGUGCAGUUAUGCAGAAUCCUGAUUCCGUUGAGAUCGUGUUCAAGGUCGAUGAUACAGGUAAAGGGAUUCCCAAAGAGAAGCAAAAAUCUGUUUUCGAGAACUAUGUUCAGGUCAAAGAAACAGCAGCUGGACAAGUAGGCACUGGAUUAGGCCUUGGAAUUGUUCAAUCUUUGGUACGUCUAAUGGGCGGGGAGAUCGGAAUUGUCGAUAAAGAGAUCGGUGAAAAGGGGACUUGCUUCAGAUUCAAUGUUUUCCUCACAUGUGAGAUUUCCUCCAGCAGCAAUAAGGAGACUCAAGGUGAUGCCAUCCGCCCUCCAAUCCUGAGCUCUGCCACCCGAACUUCGAGUCUAAAACUCGCUAUCCGCAGUCCUAGCCCCAAGUCGGACGGGUCUCAAGUCGUUCUCUUUAUGCAAAACGACGAAAGACGAAGAGUUUCACAAAAAUUUAUGCAGGGUCUUGGAAUAAGUGUUUCGGUUGUUGAUCAGUGCAACUAUCUUCCUUCUGCACUGAAGCAGAUACAACUGAGGCUAAAUUCCAAUAAUCAUUCUUCGAGGCGAUUGGAUAUGAGUCAUAGAAGCGAAAACUCUAGUUUUAGUUCGAAGGAUGUGCCUCUAAGUGCCAUGGAGGGAACUGACCAUAAGUUAUCAUUGAACAGACGACAGGAUACACCGAGCUUCAUACUACUUGUGGUUGAUGUCAAUGCAGGGCCAUUUUCAGAGCUCUGGAGGAUUGUGGCUGAAUUCCGAAGAGGCCUUCAGAGUACAUGUUGUAAGGUGGUCUGGCUAGACAAACCGACCGCACGUAUGAUCAAUCCGAUUAGGCUUGAUCCCGGCGAUGAAGUUCUGUUACAGCCUUUCCAUGGUUCUCGUUUGCAUCGAGUCAUUAAACUUCUUCCCGAAUUCGGAGCUACAUCGUCACUGGGAGUUUCGGGUAAUCAAGAAAGCUCAAAGCAUGCUUACAACAAAGCAAGGUUGAUGAGAAACUCUCAGCAUAAUGGAGAAAUACAAGAAUAUGUUAGCUCAAGUGAUGAACGGUACAGUAAGAGAGGUUCAUCCUCACCUACACUAGUCCGUACUCAGGGCAGGGUGAAGUCGAAAAUAUCUUCGAUUAUUCAAAACGACGCCCGAGUCGAACGACGGGAAGCCGUUGUCCGGAAAACGAAUUUUGAUCGCCGAGGAUAA